AUGGGACAGCUACUAAAACCGACUGAGGUAAAUCGUCUAAAUGAUCUACUGGAUUGCUCCGAGGCUGAACCAAGUGGACUGUUGGAUGAGAGAAACGAGAGCGAAGAAGAUGCUGACAUUUCGAGGGACUUGGAGAUGGAUGACUUAUUCCCGGUAGGGACUGCAUCAGACCUCACCGAACAAGUAGAGCUGGACUCGACAACAACACGCUCCAAAUGGUCGGAAUAUCAGGACAGGUUAACGCAGUUAAGGGUGAAUCGGUCAGCUGGGUUGCGUCAAUUGCAUAGUCUUUUGGCUACCGGAACGUUGGCACCAAACAAGCUGCUGCAUCAUCACUUGGCUGGGGCCUGCUUAGCUGCGACAAAUGAGAACUGCUGGAACGGACUUCACCAAACAAACAAGUAA